UUCCUGCCGUUCAACUACGAAGACAAGUGACUUAAUUUCAUCCGCUGUCGCUGAUUACUAUUCAAAGGUUUAAUACAAAAGGAAUAUUCAACAUCAGAAAACCAAUUAUCCGACAAAAGGUGAUAACAUUUUUUCCUUAAACCCAAUUCCUUGACUUUUUGGGUAGCCUGUGACGGAUGUCAUAAUGUUAAAUUUGUUGUUGGUAUUGACAACAUCAACAUGUUUGCUGUCAACCGUUAAAUCCGUGGAACCCAUUGCAACUGGCGGUCCUGCCUACAUUGUGGCAGGCAAAGAUGCCCUGCUAACCUGUGUCGUCUCAGAGAAUCGUCGUAACAAUACUGUGAUAUGGAAGAAAGGUGAUGAAAUUCUAACAGCGGGUACUGUCCGCGUGACAAGUGAUCCGCGUGUUAGUGUACUGCAUGAUGAAGAACCCAAUAGCAAAGUCGAGUCCGGCGGUGAGGUUUGGGUCCUACUCAUUAAACGCCUGAAACCUUCCGAUAAAGGAAGCUACAUCUGUGAAUUAAAUUCAGAUCCAGUAUUACGUAGUAUACAUAUAUUAGAUGUUAAGAAAACAUACAAAACCUUAGACAGAAACAAUACCAACAGCAACACCAACCGAGAUUUAGGUGAUGAAAACAGUGAUGUUUUUCUAGUCCCACCACCCCUGGACUCGACGGACAAUCGCUCAUUUUGGCGCACCGCCUCCAUACCCGCCCAGGUGACGCAUGAUUUUACCGAAUGCUGUGAACGUGCCAACGUAAGCCAAAGCUGCAUGGGCUUCUGUAAUGUCCACAACAUUUUGGACGGCACCACUGGCAUCGAACCGGAGGCAUGCGAAAAGGAUUUCCCACGGAUCGUGCGCUGCAUGGCGGAUGGUCGUAAUCAUGUGCCCUGUUGUGUUGAGAAGCAAAUACCCGAUUUGUGUCAAGACAUGUGUCGUGGCGAGUACACGCCGUUCGGCGAUAUGCUGCGAACGAGGGUGUCCUGUGUCCACCACACGCUCAGUGGCCUGCAGUGCAUUCUGCAGGGGGUCCAGCAAAUACCCAGCACCCCGCUGGAGGUGACAAUCAGUGAGGUUAGUGAAACAGGUGUAACGGUCAGUUGGUCACCGCCCGAAAAACUACCCGACACGGUGAAAGAAUACAAAGUCAAUCUAACGGAAUUGCAUUCCUUUGAUGAGGAUGAUGAUGACGAUGCUGCAGCGGCAGGAGAGGAGGGUGAUGCUGUGGCCAAAACACGCCAAGCGAAAAAGAAUGAAACUGUCAUUAUGCGUACGGUAAAUGGCAACAUAACGUCUAUUCGGGUGGCAGAUUUGAAACCGCAAAGAAUGUACGGCAUUGUGGUGACAGCAGAAAAUGAGUUUGGCUCCAGUUUGCCCAGCGAGCGGCUGCGCAUCUUUACCCACAAAAGUUCCCUUACCACCGAGGUGGACAUAGAACCGGCAAGCAAGACGGAUAUGCCUGAUCUGCCCGACAUACGCAGCUGUUGUGAAUCGAAGGGUAUGACCCACCGAAUGUGUUUGGAUAAAAUGUGUGACCCGCAGAAGACAGACUUGGCAACGCUACCAGAUUUCAUGGUCUGUGCCCCGUGGUCAAACAUCACCUUCAGUUGUUUGGCCAAUAAUAUUGAUCAUACGCCUUGUUGUCGGGCGAGAGGUAUACCGAGUGCCUGUUUCCCGCUGUGUUCGGGCAAGGUGUCGACAUUGGAUUUCAAUUUGUUCAAGUGUUUACGUUUCAUGUCGGAGUUUAGCAGCUGCCUGUUUCAAGGUUAUGGUGUAUUGGCUGAUCCACCCACCAAAUUACGCACUGUUGCCAAAAAGGAUACGUUCUUGAUUUUGGAUUGGAAUAAACCGAAACGUUUGGCGGAUACCAUUACCACUUUCCAUGUUAAAUUCCGACGUCUUGGAGUUGGUGAUGACUACAGCACAGUAGUGAAGAAAAAUCCACCACUUAUAUUGGAAGGCUUAGAACCAGAGGUCUACUACGAAUUCUAUGUGGUAUCCAUAAAUGCAUAUGGCAAAAGUGAACCCUCGCCACGUCUAAUCACACGCACCAAGCCCAUCGAGGUUGACGAUACGGAGGAGCCCAACUAUAAUAUGUCUAAAUGCUGUCAUGGAUCUGGUCUAUUGCCACAAUGUGUACCCUUGUGCAGUUACAACAUAAAAUUGUCGGACAUUGAGAAGCUGGGACCAGCAUGUCGGGCACAAAUGUCCAUUAUUGCCAAAUGUGCCGCCGGAGGUCGUGAUCACACACCGUGCUGUGUACGCCGUGGUGUACCCUCGACAUGUAUGUCACUGUGCCGUGGCGUUUUACCUGUGGCCCACACCUCUUCAUUAGCAACGGGCAGUGUCAAUUCUAAUGCCACCACAGAUUGUCUAUCCUAUGCGGGCAAUAUCCUGCAAUGCCAGGAGGAGGGUACCGACAAUAUACCAGCUCCCGUUGUCGAUUUGCAUGCAACUAAAGUAACAAAUUCAACAAUAUCGCUGGCAUGGUCACAGCCAGAUGUCGAGGGCAACAACAAUUCCAGUGAGACUACAACGACAUCAACAACAGAUGCCUCCAAAUCCAAUGGCAAAUCAACAGAUGAUGCAAACGCCAAAGCAGCAAAGGAAUUUGCCACCGAAAUUGGCGGCGCCGCAGCCGCCGCUGGUGAUGAUGACAUUGAUUUUAUUGUCCAAUAUGGAAAAGUCAAUGAUAUGACCAUGUAUGAAAUUGUGGCCAAACUGGAAAAUGAACUGGUAACAAAUGAAACAUCCAUCGAUUUGAUAAAUUUGGAACCGCAUGCCUUGUAUCGCAUCAUGGUAUUGACACGCGGUAAAUAUGGCACAUCACUGCCAUCAUCGAUGCUGUUAAUCAACACCACAGCGCCGAAGAACACCAGCAACGCCGCUGAUGAAAAAGAUGGUCAACAACAUAUUUAUGCUGCCCCCUCACCGCCCCACUCGUUGGCCAUAAUUGCUCACAGUGCCACAUGGAUGCAGUUGACAUGGCAGCCACCAGAGUAUUCCCAUCCUCAUGAGAAAAUCACCUACAGAGUGUACCACAAACCGACCAAAGCGGAAAAAUUCAAUAAAAUAGAGACCCGGGUUGCAUGGCUCCGCAUGGGCAAUUUGAAACCAAGUUCCCAGCACAUUUUAUAUGUUGAAGCUGUGGGAGAAAAGGCAACUUCAAUGCCCUCGGAAACCCUGGUGGCAUGGACGGAUCCAGCCCUACCAGCCUUUGUGGAUCCUCCAACUGUUCAUCCCGCUGACAACGUACCCGAAGGUGGUUCCAUGACCAUUCUCUGUCUGGCAUUGGGUAAUCCUGCACCCACGAUCUCACUAUAUGUAGGUGGCCAUUUAGUGCGUCAGGAUGCCUCCAGACAUAUGGUGACAGUCAUACACAAUGUCACGGCGGACAUGGAACAUGUUUCGUGUUAUGCCGACAAUGGCUAUGGUGUGCCAAUGCAGGCCACCCGGAAAGUGAAUAUAUGCUAUCCUCCCAAAAUCCAAGCUGCCGGCAUCACGGUCGCCUCGGUGGGCAAUGAGGUGGAAUUGCGUUGCAUGGUCGAUUCGAAACCCAAACCAAAAACCAUUUUCUGGCGUGAUAUUGAUGGCCGGGUGCCUGUUAUCGAAGGUGGCAACUAUCACAUUAUGGAACGUAUCAACGAAUCCCAUCCGAAUUUGUAUACCAUGGUACUGCGCAUCAAUAAACUGCAGGCCAGCGAUGUUGGCGAUUACUUCUGCCAUGCUGAAAAUCCAUAUGGCUCGAAAACCAUACCAGUGUCGGUACGCAUGCGCACUUCACCAUCGCUCAAUCACAAUGUAACGGAAUGCUGUGCCCAGAUGAAUGUGUCGAUGUCGUGUCGCAGUGCCUGUAGUUAUUAUGUCGAUAUUGAUGCCAUAGCCGAUAAACCCGAAUGUAUUGUGGAAUUUGAUAAAAUGAUGCGUUGCGCUGCGGAUGGUUCAGAUCAUCGUAGCUGUUGUGCCGAUUCGAAUGUACCGCGUAAAUGUUUGAAUUGGUGUCGCGGUGAACCGGUACGUUCGAAGGAGAUUUGUAGUUUACAGUAUGCCAGAACCAUUGUGGGAUGUUUUGAAUCCAAUCGGGAUCGUUUGCCGGGACCACCGGAAAAUAUUGCCGUUAGUGUGAUAUCGGAUAGUGAGGUGGUUAUAAGAUGGGAUCCACCAGCGAAAAAUCCCAAUGCUGUUGAUGGCUAUCGCAUUUUCUACCAUGAAGCGGCCAUAAUUGGUAACGAUGUGACAGCAAGCGAGACAAUAAAUGGUGGCGUUGGCGGCGGUGGUGUUGGCGGUGCUGCUGCAGCUGCUGCUGUUUUGGAACCGACAAUGCUUAAUAAUGCAACAAGCAUGCAAAUGGGUGGUGGCGGUGUUGGUAAUAUCACGGCACCACCGCUAAGUGGCACCGAGGUGAGACGCAUCGACGUCAAGGAAACCAGUGUGAAUAUAGAUGGUCUCAAAAAGGAUGUCUUGUACGAAUUGGUUGUAAAAGCUGGCAAUAGCUACGGUGCCAGUGUUUUAACGGAACCGAUAAAAUUCACACUUGGCGAGCAUCAUGUUACCUCAGCGACAACAUCGUACUCGAAUGCUGUGGGCACGAUAAGCGGUAUUGUUGCCAGCAUUUUGGCGGUGCUCUUAGCUGCCGCCGCCAUUAUUUUCUACAGACGACAUCGGGCAAAUGGUAAGGCAGCCACUGGAGUGGCUUUUGAGAAUCCCACAUACACUCGAGGUUUAGAGCAAGUACAGUUACCAACUGUAACAUCCGCCCUGACGCAUACUAAUGGCAAUGGUAACUUUAGUCGGGCACCAGCCGCCUCAACGAAUUUGACAACAACAAAUACAACAACACCUGCCACAACGGCAUCACAACGUCCCACAAUGACCGCAAGAGUGGGGACAAACGGAGCGGUGACUGGUGGCGGAGGCGGUGUUGGUGGUGGUAAUGGUGGUAGUGGAGCAGCCAAUAAAACCUCAAGUCUGGAUGGCGUAGAUUCACACACCCAAUGCAAUGAAGUGAACCCAACAAUCUAUGAAGAGCUCAAACUUGGUCAAGAAGGUGCGGGAUUUAAAAAGCUUGUGCCAUAGAACCUUAAACAAAUGAAAAACGAAACAAAAGCUAAACAACCGUUGUAACUCUUAGAGGACCCCUUAAAAUCAGCCCUUUCCUUUUGCUCAUCCCAGGAUACGCCUCAAAGAAAAUUUCCCUUAAAAUAACAAAAA